AUGGCGGCCCCGCCGGACCCCCAGUUCGUCCUCCGGGGCACCCAGUCGGCGGUGCACGCGCUGCACUUCUGUGGAGGAGCCCAGGGGCGGGAGCACCAGCUUCUCCUCUCGGGGUCCCUGAGCGGGCUGGUGCACAUCUGGAGCCUGCAGACGCGGAGGGCCAUCGCCACCCUGGACGGGCACGGGGGUCAGUGUGUGAUCUGGCUGCAGACACUGCCCCAGGGACCCCAGCUCCUCAGUCAGGGCCGAGACCUGAAGCUGUGCCUGUGGGACCUGGCGGAGGGCAGGAACGCCGUGGUGGACUCCGUGGGCCUGGAGAGCGUGGGCUUCUGCAGGGGCUCCGUCCUGGCCCGGGGUCAGCAGCGCUGGAUGCUGGCUGUGCCCGGGAGAGGCAGCGACGAGAUUCAGAUUCUGGAGAUGCCAUCCAAGACGUCAGUGUGCACCCUGAAGCCAGAGGCAGAUGCCAAGCCAGGCAUGCCCAUGUGCCUGGAGCUGUGGCAGACUGACUCCAGCGCCCGCCCGCACCUCCUGGCCGGCUACGAGGACGGAUCGGUGGCCCUGUGGGACGUCUCCGAGCGGAAGGCGUGCAGCCGGAUCGCCUGCCACACGGAGCCCGUCAUGGGCCUUGACUUUGACUCCCAGAAGGCCCGGGGCGUCUCGGGCUCCGCGGAGAAGGCGCUGGCUGUCUGGAGCCUGGAUGAGCAGCAGGCCCUGCAGGCGCGCGGGACUCACCAGCUCACCAACCCCGGGGUCUCCGACGUCAAGAUCCGGCCCGACCGGAAGCUCCUGGCCACGGCGGGCUGGGACCACCGGGUGCGCGUGUUCCACUGGCGGACGAUGAAGCCGCUGGCCGUGCUGGCCUUCCACAGCGCCGCUGUCCACUGCGUGGCCUUCGCCGCGGACGGCCUGCUGGCCGCGGGGUCCAAGGACCAUCGCAUCAGCGUCUGGUCGCUCUACCCACCCCCGUGA